AAGCUGGUGGCCACGCUGCCUGUGCAGGCCAUUCAUGGGUCCUGGAGCUUCGGCUGGAUGUCCCAGCACAGAGAGAAAAUGAAGACAUCCAGGACGUGGGCCUGGAGGGCGCCAGCUGGGCUCUUCCUUCUCUGGGCUGCCCUGGGGUGUCUCGGUUUGCCUGGCUGCAGAGGUGAGAGGCAACCCUCUCUUGAGUCAAAUGCAGUCAACAGGAGCCUCGCCAAGAGUAGGCAGACACGGAGUGUGGAUGUCACAUUGACACCUAUUGAUUGUGAACUGUCUAGCUGGUCCUCCUGGACCAGGUGUGAUCCCUGCCAGAAGAAACGGUACAGACAUGCUACCUUGCUGCGACCCUCUCAGUUCCAUGGGGAUCCAUGCCGGUUCUCUGACAAGGAAGCCGAAGACUGUGCUACCAGAGCACCCUGCAGAAGUCAAGUGCGAUGUGAAGGCUUUAUGUGUGCACAGACAGGGAGGUGUAUAAACCGCAGACUCCUUUGCAAUGGGGACAACGACUGUGGGGACCAGUCAGAUGAGGCAAACUGUAAAAAAAUUUAUAAAAAGUGUCAGAGGGAAAUGGACCAGUACUGGGCAAUUGACAAUCUGGCUAGUGGGAUUAAUUUGUUCACAAACAGUUUGGAGGGCCCAGUUCUUGAUCACAGGUAUUACGGCGGCGCAUGCUCCCCUCAUUACAUUCUGAACACGAGGUUUAGGAAGCCAUACAAUGUGGAGAGCUACACCCCACAGACACAAGGCAAGUAUGAAUUUGCAUUGACAGAAUAUGAAUCAUACUCAGAUUAUGAACAUAAUGUCACAAAGUUGGAAACCAGCAAGUCCAGUUUCAGCUUUGGUUUUAAAGUACCUGGAAUAUUUGAACUUGGCAUUAACACGGCAACUGAUAAUAGUCAAAGAUUUGUUCGCAAAACCAAACGCUUCUCUCAUACUAGAAGCAAAUUUCUGCACGCACGCUCUGACCUUGAAGUGGCACGUUACAAGCUGAAAUCCCGAGGCCUCAUGCUCCAUCAUGAAUUCCUUCAGCGAGUCAAGCAGCUGCCCCUGGAGUACAGCUAUGGGGAGUACAGAGAUCUCUUGCGUGAUUUCGGGACUCACUACAUCACAGAGGCCGUGCUUGGGGGUGUUUACGAAUACACACUCAUUUUGAACCAAGAGGCCAUGAAGAAAGCAGAUUAUUCUCUUAAGGAUGUUUAUGCCUGCACCAAAGCAGGUUUUAAAAUCGGUGCUGCAAUCAAGACGGUCUAUGCCAAGUUCGGUGUGUCGGGGGAGAAAUGCGAGAAUAUUCUGAAGGAAAUAAAUGACAGAAACAAUAAAGACAGCAUGGUUGAGGACUUGGUGGUCCGAGUACGAGGAGGAGCAAGCGAGUACAUCACUGUCCUGGCGUACAGGGACCUGCCGACAGCAGACCUGAUGCAGGAGUGGGGAGAUGCAGUGCAGUACAACCCGGACAUCAUCAAAAUCAAGGUAGAGCCUCUGUAUGAACUGGUAACCUCCGUAGACUUUGCCUACUCCAGCACGGUGAAGGGGAACAUGAAGCGGGCCCUGGAGGAGUUCCAGAGAGAAGUCAGCUCCUGUGUCUGUGCUCCCUGCCAUGGGAAUGGAGUCCCUGUCCUGAAAGAAUCACGCUGUGAAUGCAUCUGUCCUAAUGGAUUUCAAGGCCAAGGCUGUGAGAUCACCUUACGGAAAGAUGUCCCCAUUGAUGGGCGAUGGAAUUGCUGGUCAAACUGGUCUCCGUGUUCUGGAGGACAUAAAACAAGACAAAGGCAGUGCAACAAUCCACCUCCUCAAGAUGGGGGCAGCCCCUGCUUAGGCCCUGCUUCAGAAACACUUACCUGUUAAGGAAGGGAGAGUUCUAGCUGCUAACACUAUUAUGGGCUGUACACAGUGAAGGUUUGAACCCUAGGGUCUUAGGCAGCUCACCCCACGCUAGCUCCCACCUUGGGCCAGCCCAGGGCUAAGGACAGUGCCAGUCAGGAUGUUUAAAACAAAGAUUUGUAAAAUGCACAUUGAUUGGAACACAUAGUGAGCUAAACAAGAAUUAUAGGUUCCUUAAAGGCUUAAUCAUCUUGGUAAUCCUCACUUGGCUUAUCACUACAGUUUUCUUUUACUCACAUUUACCACCAGCCAGGAGCUGUGCUAGGAGUUAGUCACUUUGAAAUCCUACUGUCUAGCAGUGACUGGUGCAGAGUAGGUGUCCAGUAAUGAAUCAAUGAAUAAAUAUUAAGUUACUCCUCCCUUGAGGAGUAUACUGUCUCGGUCAAUGACAAUGGCAUUUAAUACUUAUUGAAUUAUUACUUUGUACCAACCACAGUGCUUAAUUCAUCAGUAGGUUAAUUCUUUCCACCCUCAUGACAACCUUAUACGGUGGAUGCAAUAUAUUAGCUCUAUUAAACAGGUGAGGAAACUGAGGCUUAGAACAGUUAAGCGACUUACUUGUCCAGGGAUACGCAGGAAGGGGCAGAGCUGGGCUGCAAAUCUGGGCACUUGGGUUCUAGCUUGGGUUACAAGGUUUUAAACUCGUAAUUAUGACGCUCCCUUUCUUUCAAUGAAUUUGGGCAUGUGAUUAACAAAGAAUAUUUUAUGAAAUAAACCUAGGAGAAAGUGCCUUACAUGUGUUCAUAUGUGUUGUGUGAUUAACAUAUCUUCACCCAUGCAUCCUGAGGGGAGUAGAUUGUGGUUCCUCAGCUCCCUUGGAUGCUGAGCUCAGGAAGGGUUAGUUGUGUAUGUUGCAAGCGGGAGUUCUGGGGGCAGAGAUGAAUUGUGAUGUGAGUGGGUCCCCAUAGAAGAUCCUGAAUUGAAGAUAAGAGCCAGGGGAACAGGUCACUGAAUGAGGGACAGUUAAGAAAAGAACAGGAAAAAUCGAGGAGAGGUUGUGUUGGCUGACAGAGGAAACAUGUCAAGGAGAAGUUCAAGUUGAUGGCUGUGGGGCAGAGUGCAAUGCAAAGCUUCUCCUAC